AGCACCGAGCCAAACCCGCACAGUCACAGCAAGGAACCAACCCCCAACCAACCAGCCAGCCCCCCCAACAGCUUCUGGAAUCCAUCAUUUGGUGCCGUCGUCAUCUCUCCCCCGGUGAGCAAACCCCCGAGAGGCAUACACAUCACGACUGUGAGGGAUCUCCAGCAUGGCUGACGGGCCCGUCGACUGCCCUCCCCCUCCUACACCGACACUCUUGCAGUUGGUAACCUUGGUGUGCGGCUCGAAGACCAACGUGACUGACGGCACGAUCAGCUUCUGCCGCGAUGCGUCCCAGUAUGGCUUGACCACCAACACCGGCGCCGGCUGCCCAUCCUUGACGCGGAUCACGCGCGCCUCUGUCUCCAACUCCACGGGCAGGGGAGAGGCCCCUCUUGGUGCUGGCGGAAUAAUGGGUGGCUGCCGUGGCUGUUGUGGGAGUGGAGGAGGAGCAGCAGGCUGACUAAUCGUCUCGGGCUGUGGGACAGGCCGACUAAUCACGUUUCCCUCUGAAGGUUUCGGCAGUUGUGGAGCAGGCUGAGGCACAGUUAGCGGAGCCGCUGAAGCCGGAGACACCAUGAGGGGCUGAGAGGCAGGCUGAGCUUCCCUGACAGCCAUUUGGGGAACCGGUCGUGGCAUGAUGACCGGCGAGGCAACUGGUGCCUCCUGGGGCUGUGGGGCUGUGACGGGCUGAGCAGAUGUCGGCCCGGUGGGGGACGCACUAGCUUCUGCCGUCUGCCAGACGGGCUGCUGCACAGGACCUUCCCUGAUGAUCGGCUGACUAAUCGCUUGUUCCACAGCUUUGGGCGCUUGUGGCGGAGCCGCUGAAGCCGGUGACACCAUGAGGGGCUGUGAGGCAGGUUGAGCUUUCAUGACAGCCAUUUGGGGGACCGGUCGGCGCAUGAUCUCAGGCGGAGCGGCUGUCGGCUCCUGGGGCUGUGGGGCUCUGACGGGCUGAGGGAAGGUCUCACGAGUGGGGGAUGCAGUACUUUCUGCGGUCUGCCAGACGGGCUGCUUCACAGGAGUCUCUCUGAUGAUCGGCCGAGAGGACGCUGCGAGAGGUGCUGGGGGUGGAAGGGGCCUGUAUACCUCUGUAGCCGGCGCAGAGGGCCUGCUGGUCACACGUGGUGGGACAACUGGUAGUACAGCCUCCCGUCUCGGCAAUGGCACUUGAACUGGGGCCUGGACUUGUGGUGCAGGGGGCCUGUAUUGCUCAGUUGGCAGCUCGAGGUAGUGCUGGUCUUCAGCCGUGAUGAGCCCAUACAGGUGAGCCGGUGCCUCCAGCUGCCGAGGGUCAGACCGCAGCGCCACCUGCAGUGCCUCCUCGUAAGCACGGGUUCUCACUGACCCUCUCUCCGCCCGAGGCUCGCUCCUGCUUCUCACGUGUGCCUUUCGAGAUGCCGUCGCGACGUCAAUGUCUGUCUGCAGAGGGUCUCCACUGCCGAGAAUGAGAGGCUCUGGCGGCCUCCUCGAGUGGUGCCUGUGCAUUGUGUUGACUGGCUGGUCCGCUGGGUCAGGGGCAGGCUGUCUUUGUAUGGCCCCCCGCAUCAGCGGCUGUCCCGCCGACAUGGGGAAGGUGACGUUGAUAGCAGAGGGCGGCGGGGCACGCCAAUAAGCGUGGGGCAAUGCAGUGACUGGGAAGGAGUCCUGAGACGAUCCCGUACGAGUCCUGCGAGUGCGAGUGCCUCUGAGAUUAAGAAACACCACUGCAGUCAACGAGGCUCAGAUUGCACACGCUCCUUUCGCUCUCACCUGAGCAGCAUUAGUCGUUCGGAGGAGUCCAGGGGCUCCACAAACAGUGCCAGCACGAUGAAGAGUAUCUCGAGUGGCAGAAUUGGACCUGCCGAGGAGGGGCAGAGCAUCGCCAGGUAGGAGAGGACGAUGAGUGCGUCGAGUCUGCGGCUAAGGCAGCGGAUGGAUAGGCCUCCCAUGCAUGUUGGCAUGGAGAUCAGCUCACACACGCUUGUGUCCACAGAGACGAAGACAUGCGCGUCUCAGCUGCCG